CCUUCCACGUAUAGCUGGGCUUUAAUAAAGAACGCAUCGGGCAGCGAGCGGAAAAGAAAGUCGAUUGAAUCUUGGUAAUUGAGUGAAGAAGCUCUCAGCGAAGAACAACCCGUAAAUCUAGGAAGUAUUGAAUCGGGAUCCGAUCUCUUUUGGUACACUCGAGUCAUAAGGUGUGUACAGACAGACAGGCUUCCUUUCGAAAGGCUAGGCACCAUUUGGUCCAAAGCUCCUCAUAUGAUGGGUAUAGGGUGACGACCUUAAUGAAUCAAGUAUUCAGGUGGCAGAGUUAUUAGCUACAUAAGCGCUAAAAUUCCAGAAUACUUAUUGCCCUGGCUUCUAUGAUCAACCCCUGGCACAUUUCGGUUUUGAUCUGAGGCUAUCCUGGUCUGCAGGACCCAACACAAGUAUUCAUCCUUUCCAAUCUGAAAAAGGUGUUGCCGAAAGCUUACCCUCUUCCACACGGAUGCUACAGCCGCUAUCACUUUUGCAGGAGGGGAAUUACAGAGUUCGCCUCUCGACAUCUUGUUUGGUAAACGGAAUUUUUACCCAGGCGCCCUAGUGUUGCCUAACCGUUCGGCCUCGGAUGCGAGAUCUUUAGCUACUUGUAUCAAUUUGCCACAGUGUGCUUAGAUACAAUGCGCUGGCAGCUGAGGCUUGGCAGGAUGGGAGUGAAUUAAAUUAAGGUCGAGGGAGCAGGAAAGAGUUUGUUAUUCGCUAUUGGCUUAGUACGGCCUAUACAUAAUAGGGCCAUGACGGUUUUGGCAAGGCCUUGAACUUCAUAUAUCCCUUUUUUACUCAAUCCAGAAUACCGAUAAAGUCAGAUUGAAUCAUUUUAUCGACCUUUCCUUUGGAUUUAUUAUCAUAGGUAGUGUUCGAGAUCGCCUCUGUGCGGUGAACGCUCGAAUGUAGCUAACAUCAGUUUUGUCCUCGCGUGGUUGUGAAGGAGAUGCUGCUGCUGGAUGGAAUGCUUCCGGGGCGCCAUGAUCCUUCUAUCAGGAAUAAUCGAGGGCACUGACUGACUGCAUCAAUCAUCGCUCAGUGAGCUAUUAAUUGCCGCCAAUAGCGCUUCGCUUGCAUGCAAGGCGGCUAAUAAAAGCGCCAGGUAGACGCGCGGAGAUGCAUUUUUAGUACAGGUGGGACAAGCUCUAGGGGAAUAAUCUCUUUCUUAUUUCUUUCUUAUUUCUUUCCCAUGACGACUAGGAACGGGCAAAUCAAGAAUUUCACUUCGAAUUCCGGACCUCAACAUCCUGCUGCUCAUGGUGUUUCACGAUCAGUAUUGGAAAUGAACGGAGAAGUGGUGGAACGUGCGGAACCACAUAUUGGAUCACUCCAUAGAGGGACUGAGAAAUUAAUCGAGUACAAAACUUAUCUUCAAGCUUUACCUUAUUUUGAUCAUUCAGACUAUGUUUCUACGAUGGCCCAAGAACACGCUCAUUCUUCAGCCGUAGAGAGACUUUUGAAUUGUGAGGUACCAUUACGAGCUCAAUAUAUACGAGUGUUAUUCUGUGAAAUAACUCGAAUUUCAAAUCAUUCACUUGCUUCAACUACUCAUGCUAUGGAUGUGGGAGCAUCAACUCCGUUCCUUUGGGCUUUUGAGGAGCGGGAGAAAUUGUUGGAAUUCUAUGAAAGAGUCCCGGGAGCCAGGAUGCAUGCCAGUUUCAUACGACCUGGUGGAGUGGCACAAGAUCUGCCUCUUGGCUUAUGUCGAGAUAUUGAUUCCUCCACACAACAAUUUGCUUCUCGUAUCGACGAAUUAGAAGAGAUGUCAACCGGCAACCGUAUCUGGAAACAACGAUUAGUGGAUAUUGGUACUGUCACUGCACAGCAAGCAAAGGAUUGGGGAUUCAGUGGUGUAAUGUUAAGAGGUCCUGGGGUAUGCUGGGAUUCGCGAAGAGCAGCACCUUACGAUGUUCAUGACCAAUCGGAUCUUGACGUACCAGUAGGUACCAGAGGAGAUCGCUAUGAUCGUUACUGUAUUCGUAUCGAAGAGAUGCGACAAAGUGUUCGGAUCAUUGUGCAAUGUCCUAAUCGAAUGCCUAGUGGCAUGAUCAAAGCCGAUGAUCGUAAGCUAUGUCCUCCAUCACGAUCUCGAAUGAAACUAUCCAUGGAAUCCUCAAUUCACCAUUUCGAACUUUAUACAGAAGGUUUUUCCGUACCAGCUCCUUCUACCUAUACCGCAGUUGAAGCACCUAAAGGUGAAUUUGGUGUCUUUCUUGUCAGUAAUGGGAGUAAUCGUCCCUACCGUUGUAAAAUAAGAGCACCUGGCUUUGCCCAUUCACAAGGACUCGAUUCUAUGUCCAAACAUCACAUGCCAGCAGAUGUAGUCACCAUCAUAGGUACUCAAGAUAUUGUGUUUGGAGAGGUAGAUAGAUAGGACGUAGUCUUGCUCGAUCAGGACCCUUGCUUUAUUGCGAGCCAAAACAGCUGCGCUAUUCAGUUCUACAUCUUUUUUUACAUUUAAAGAAAUGUGAAAAUGCAGCCCUUUAGUUUUAGUUACAGAUGU